UUAGACGCAGCUUCCGCUCUCUCUCUUUCUUGCCGUGGCUCUGAGCAAAAUCGUGUCUUUAAACCAGUUUGUGGCAAUCCUUGGAAGCACAUAAAGAUGCCCAGGGAAGACAGAGCAGCGUGGAAGUCCAAUUAUUUUAUUAAAAUUAUCCAACUUUUGGAUGACUAUCCAAAAUGCUUCAUCGUUGGAGCAGACAAUGUUGGAUCAAAGCAAAUGCAGCAGAUCCGUAUAUCGCUGCGUGGCAAGGCUGUCGUGUUGAUGGGCAAGAAUACCAUGAUGCGCAAGGCUAUCCGUGGUCAUCUGGAAAACAACCCUGCUUUGGAAAAGCUCUUACCACAUAUUCGUGGCAACGUUGGCUUUGUGUUCACCAAGGAGGAUUUAUGUGAAGUUCGUGACAUGCUGCUGUCCAACAAGGUCCCAGCUGCUGCUCGUGCUGGUGCUAUUGCUCCAUGUGAGGUCACUGUGUUCGGUCAAAACACUGGUUUGGGACCUGAGAAGACAUCUUUCUUCCAAGCUUUGGGAAUCACCACCAAGAUCUCCAGAGGUACCAUUGAAAUUCUAAACGAUGUAUAUCUCAUCAAGAUUGGUGACAAGGUGGGAGCCAGUGAAGCCACUCUGCUGAACAUGUUGAAUAUCUCUCCCUUCUCCUACGGCUUGGUGAUCAGGCAGGUUUAUGACAAUGGCAGUGUAUAUGAGCCUGAGGUCCUGGACAUCACAGAAGAAACUCUGCAGAAAUGUUUCCUGGAGGGAGUCCGCAAUGUGGCCAGUGUGUGUCUGCAAAUUGGUUAUCCAACCAUAGCCUCGAUACCACAUUCUAUCAUUAAUGGUUACAAGAGGGUGCUGGCCAUCGCUGUGGAGACAGACUACUCCUUCCCAUUAGCUGAUAAGGUAAAAGCUUUCUUGGCUGACCCAUCAGCUUUUGUUGCUCCUGUUGUUGAGGCUGCUCCAGUUCCUGUCAAGGAGGAAGUGAAAGAGGCGGUGAAGGAAGAGUCUGAGGCAUCUGAUGACGACAUGGGCUUUGGUCUGUUUGACUGAAAAAAAAGCAGCUACCCAUUGUAGCACGGCUAAUCGAUCAGCCUAACCAAAAUAAAACAUUUUAUUUACGGAAA